CAUUACCGCACUACGUGGGGGGCGGCUUAGGUGGUCAAAGUUUUGACACAAAACAUAGUAAUUGGUACCUGGCGACGGCAAGUCAGAGGUGUGUGUGUGUGUGUGUGUGUAUGCCGGGCCGCCCAGUCUGCCUCUGGCGGUGUAACCACAGUGUAAGGUGGUGGGGACGAGUGAACAGGCGGAGUGCGUACCUCCUACACCCUUCUUCCCAUUCACAUCCAGCAGUCAGUGGACCCCUCUUGGAGUUUAAGGUGUGGUGGUGUGCGGCGUGACAGGGACAACACAGAUGAUUAUCAUUAAUUAGAGGAAAAAACAAACGAAGAACAAACAAGAAGUAGUGUAAGCAAGAGUGCAUGUGUGUGCUAUGCCCGAGAGUGCACAAAGCAAACAAAUUCUGACAAUGGAGAUGAACGAAUCUGCUGCUUCUGUGUCCUUUGGCAAAAAGAAUGACUGCUAUAUUAAAAGGAGCGUGGCAAUGCUACUAACGAUCCUGUUUGUGAGCUCACUAGUGGCAACAGGGCUCCUCGUCUACUACUUGGCACCCGACGUCAACCAGACAUCAAACAACUACCGUGGAAGAGGCCUCGAACCUGCAAAGGGCGAUGCUACAAUGGAAGGAAACUCCCUAGCCACACAUUUGUUAGAUGAAAGAGUAAAGGACAUGAGGCUGCCCACCUCCCUCCGACCACUGCACUAUCUGGUUCGCCUUCAGCCCUUCAUCAGGAGCAAUUUUAGCAUCGCAGGCUAUGUGGAGGUGGAGGUGGAGGUGGUGAAGGAAACCUCUGUCUUCACUUUUCACAUGGCAGACAUCAUCACCCACAAUGACACAGUCAAGGUAGUGGAUGCCGAAAAUCGGAAUGGGAAGGGUGUGGGCAUCGUAAAGCAGACAUAUGACAACCAGCGCCAGUUUUACCAUGCCCACCUCCAACAACCACUGACCAAAGGCCGCCGAUAUGUGCUGUCUAUGAAAUUCACAGGUUACCUCAAUGACCAGUUGCAUGGUUUCUACAGGUCAUCAUACAAAGAUGCAACAGAAAAAGAGAGGUGGCUUGCCGUAACACAGUUCCAGCCGACAGAUGCCCGCCGAGCCUUCCCAUGCUUCGACGAGCCAGCCAUGAAAGCCACAUUUGAGGUGUUCCUGGCGAGGGAGACAGACAUGUCUGCCAUCUCCAACAUGCCCAAAAUAAACACCUGGCCAGUAGAAGGUCAGCAAGGGUGGAUAUGGGACCAUUUCAACACCAGUGUCCCCAUGUCCACUUACCUUGUGGCAUUCCUUGUGUCCGAUUUCUCAUCAAAGGAGGUCACCACACAGAAUGGAGUGUCCUUCAGGACGUGGGCACGAGAGACUGCAAUCAACCAGGCAAAUUACUCACUUGAAAUUGGUUCAAAAAUCCUCACCUUCUUUGAGGACUACUUCAGGAUUCCAUACCCACUCCCAAAACAAGACAUGGUUGCCAUCCCAGACUUUGCAGCAGGUGCCAUGGAGAACUGGGGGCUCAUCACCUACAGGGAGACAGCGAUGCUUUAUGACCCAAAGGUGUCUUCAGCCUACAACAAACAAUGGGUGGCAAUAGUUGUGGCACACGAGCUGGCUCACCAGUGGUUUGGGAACCUGGUAACCCCUGAAUGGUGGACAGAUCUGUGGCUCAAUGAGGGCUUUGCAAGCUUCAUGGGGUAUGUUGGCACUAACCAUGCUGAGCCAAAGUGGCAAAUGAUGGAGCAGUUCAUCGUGAUAGACUUACACAAAGUUUUCAGACUUGACUGCCUUGAGUCCUCCCAUCCCAUCAGCAUCCCUGUUGGUCAUCCUGAUGAGAUAAACGAGAUUUUUGAUACCAUCUCUUACUCCAAAGGUGCUUCAAUAAUCUGGAUGAUGAAAUUUUUCCUGACGGAGGCAACCUUCCGUAAGGGUCUCACCAACUAUCUGAACACAAGAGUAUAUGCCAAUGCAGAGCAAGAUGAUCUGUGGGACUUCCUGACACAAGCUGCCCACCAGGAUUUGACACUUGCCAAGGAUGUCACUGUCAAGACUAUCAUGGACACCUGGACACUACAGAUGGGCUACCCUGUUGUCAAGGUCACAAGAAGUGCUGAUGGGACAUCAGCCACAGUCACACAGGAGCGGUUCCUGUUGAGGAAAGACGCCAACUCCACUGACACUCAUGUCUACAGGUGGUGGGUGCCACUCUCCUACACCACACAGGCCACUGCUGACUUCAGCAAGACAGCACCCUCCAGGUGGCUCUCAAAGACGGAUUCUAAGAUCACCAUCCAGUCCCUCCCAGAUAGUAGGCAGUGGGUGAUAUUCAAUGUACAGGAGACUGGCUACUACAGAGUCAACUAUGAUGAAAACAACUGGAAGCUGCUGAUCGAGCAUCUCAAAGUUGAUCACACCACAAUCCAUGUCAACAACCGUGCACAGCUCAUAGAUGAUGCACUCAACUUGGCACAAGCAGGUCAAUUAUCAUAUUCCCUGCCACUGGAUCUUGCUGCUUAUCUGAAGAGGGAAACCUCAUACACACCAUGGGCUACUGCUCUGGACAACUUGAAAUACAUUCAUAAACUCUUCUCCCGCACUGGAGCUUAUGGAGCUCUUAAGGAUUUCAUGCUCAGUCUGCUUGAGUCACUGUACAAGUCUGUUGGGUUCCAAGACUCUCCAGCUGACCCUCAUAUUGACCAGCACAAGCGAGUAAAGAUGCUGAAGUGGGCCUGCAAGCUGGGUAACGAAGACUGUGUGACCCAAUCUGUCAGCCUCUUCAAGCAGUGGAUGAUGAACCCAAAGAGUGACAGCAUCAUCUCCCCAAACCUGAAGGAUGUGGUGUAUUGCACUGCCAUAGCUGCAGGCAAGAACAAGGAAUGGGAAUUUGCAUGGAAUCAAUACCUCAACUCAAAUGUUGGCUCUGAAAAGAGUAGAAUACUCAAAGCACUUGGCUGCUCCAAGAAAAUCUGGAUCCUGUCAAGGUACCUUGAGAUGGCCUUCAUUGAGGCCUCAGGCAUUAGGAAGCAAGAUGUUGUCCAGGUGUUCGAGUCUGUGGCCUUGAAUGAUGUGGGACGAGACAUGGCCUGGACCUACUUGAGGGAUCAGUGGCAUAACAUUACAGACUAUAUGGGUGGUGGCCUGUACACUUUACCUCGGAUGAUCAAGUCUGCAACUGAUGGCAUGAGCAAGGAACUACAGCUUGAUGAACUCAAAAAGUUCCAGUCAGCCAAGAAAGACCACUUGCGCACUGCUAAGCGUGCCAUAGCCCAGGCUAUUGAACGAACUCAGAACAACAUUGAAUGGAUGAACAAAAAUGGUCCAGUGAUCAUUCAGUGGCUUGCAGAUAAUGGUUACUCAUCAGAGCUCAGAAGUAAUUAAGUGUGGGCGUGUGUGUGUGUGUGUAUGUGCACAUGCACAUUAUUGAAGUGUGAGGUGUGACGUGCCUAUUCUCAUACUACUUUCACUUUCUCUAUAUCUUCAUUUUCUCUAGUAUUCCUAUACACAUCUUUAUUGAUACAGAUAUUUUGUUUCUCAACAUAUUCAAAAUCACGUUUCUGAUUUGUUGCCCAAUUAUACCUUACAACAAAGAUUUUAUAUAUAUAU